AUGAACCCUCAUUGCCCAGCGCGCCGACAAAACUCUACGCAGCAGGCGGGCAUCAUGAUGGACGUCCUUACCCCUCUCGCGAGAACUUGUAGACGGGGCAUCGUACCGGCGGCGGCCGGUAUUCAUGCGGCCUUUGUGAAGCGGCGUACAAUGCAAUUUGGUGUCGCAGCACACGGCAACAUGUUACUCCGCUUUGAACACCGGCUAUGUAUAAUCGCCUACAUGAGGUGUAUUGUCCCGCGAGACGUAUCGAUUGUUGUGCUGGGCAGGUGGCCCACGUGGCAUCAGUAG